AUGCCCUCCCAAUUCCCCGCGCCCACAGCGGCCCCUCGCUACAGCUUCCUCGACGACUACUCCGAAGGCGCGCACCCAGCCCUGCUCAAAGCCAUCAUCGCCACAAACACAACCCAAGAAACCGGCUACGGCGGCGACACCUGCUGCGAGAUCGCCCGCGGCCACAUCAGGCGGCAUCUCGGCCGCGCGGACGUGGGCAUCUUCUUCGUCCCCAGCGGCACCUCCGCCAACGCAAUCUCCAUCGCCGCCUGCCUGCGCCCGCACGAGGCCGUCAUCGCCGCGUCCUCGGGCCACAUCGUCACGCGCGAGACGGGCGCCGUCGAGGCGUCCGGGCACAAGAUCAUCAACGUCCCUCCGCUGGAUGGUGGCAAGCUCACGCCCGCGUCGAUCCAGCGCGCUGUUGAUGAUAACUGGCACUUCCCGCACAUGGCGAAGCCGAGGCUGGUGUAUAUCUCCAACGCCACGGAGAUCGGGACGGUGCACACAAAGGCGGAGCUCGCGGCGAUCAAGCAAAUAUGCGAGGCAAACGGAUUACUCCUCUUCCUCGACGGCGCGCGCAUCGGGACCGCGCUGGCUAGUCCCGCCAAUGACAUGACCCUCCGCGACAUCCUCGACCUCACAGACAUCUUCUGGAUCGGCGGCACAAAAAACGGCGCCCUCCUCGGCGAGGCUGUGGUCGUCAAAGACGCGCGGCUGGCCUCCGAGUUCGAGUUCUACGUGAAGCAGCACGGCUCGCUGCUGGCCAAGAGCCGCGUCAUGGGCGCGCAGUUCGCGGAGCUCUUCCGCGAGGAGCUGUACUUCGACCUCGCGCGGCAGGCGAACCUGUGCGCGGCGCGGCUGUCGGCGGGGAUCGCGGCGGCGGGGUUCGGCGUGUACGCGGUGACGCAGACGAAUCAGGUGUUUGCGGUGUUGCCGGUGGGCUUGAUUGCGGCGCUGCAGGAGCGGUUUGUGUUUUAUGUGUGGGAGAAGAGGGGGGAUGGAGAGGCGGUUGUGAGGUUGCUUACGACGUGGGCGACGGAGGUGGGGGAGGUUGAGAGGUUCGUGGGCGUGGUUCAGGGGUGGGGGAAGGCUUGA